UCUUAUGAGUUCCAMGCUCUGGCCAUGGUGGAGCCAGACAGAGUACCCUCCAACAUUACAACAGCUCCACCCGUCAUCACAAAAGGUGGCUCCAAGCAGAGAGCGUGCCCCCUACAGGAUAACCCUGUCAUGGCAGACGGUUCAGACAGACAUGCUGCCCCCCUUCCACCCGUACCAGCCCUUGGAGUGCAUUGUGAAAGAGACAGAGUGCAAGCUGAUCUCAGCCAUAGAGAAUCUCAGCCAUAGAGAAGACCCAGCUGCAGAAUAAGAAGAUGAUCCUCAAGGAGCAGUAAACUAAAGAGUACAUGAAGGCCGAAGGCCUGAAGGAUGACCCGGGGCAGCCCCUACCCUGCAGACUAUCUUCGCACCUUGGCCACCCAGCAGUUCAGACUUGAGCACGGCAGACUACCCCUGACCUGCUGAUGGUGAGCAAGUAGGAGAUGUUGGGGCAGCAGUUGACAGGCCUGGGACUGGACCUUCUCACCCAGGCCCCCGACAGACUCAUACUGGUCUUCCCCGUACAGAUCGACACAGACAUGCUGGUUGACAUCAUGGAUGGACAUGGUGUACAGUGCCUUCCGAAAGUAUUCAUACCCUUUG